AUGCCUGCCUCGGCCAACGACAUAUUCCCCUACGCCUCUGGCGGGGCCCCCUGCUGGGGGCCCCCCGAGAAGCCAAACAGCAAAUCUGAGGAUGACCAUUUGCAGGAGGGUUUAUCCCUUUUGGAGGUUUUGCCUUUCGACCUCAACCUGAAGUCUCCUCUCUUUUCUCAGCAGCUCUUUAGGUGCUGCGAUUUCACAUUCAACAGCAAGCAAAGAGACCCAAGGGGAGCGGCUCCAGUGGAUGAUGAGAAGGAAUUCCACAUGGUUGACAGCAAGCCAAUGAUGCGGCACAAGACCACAGGAGAGGGCUGGCUCAGCCGUCGCAGAGCCCCGGUGAAGCAGACAACUGCAGCAUUUAACGAAAAGACAAAAGAUGAAGAGGAGCUGAAGUUGGGCAAAAAGGCAAAGAGCGACCAGAAGAAGCAGCAGCAGCAACAGCAAGCAAGAUACGCCCGCAUCCACGCGCGCCACCGCGCCUUCUCUGAAUGGUCUAUUCAGCCCACCAACGACUGGCAGGUUCUGGCGGAGCUGCCGCUGCAGCAGCUGCACAAGCAGCAGAUUGAAACUCCACGUGUAACUGUUGAGGACUUGGAGUGGCGCGGCACCUUGGGUGUCUACUCGCGGCAAGCUGACAAGAUUUCCAGCAAACUGCCGGUGCCAAUGCAGAACCUCAGCAGCAACUUCUACUACUACUGGGUCACCACACAAGAUGAUGAAGUCAUCAGGGAUUAUAUGUUAAACGGCAGCAAACAGGUUGAUGUUGCAGCAACCGACCAGGUACUGGCUUGCCUCAUGGCGGCGCCUCAGUCCAAGUACUCGUGGCAUCUUUACCUGACCAAGAUUGACGGGAAAAUCAUUAUCGACAAGGCCAAUGGAUCCAUUGUGGAUCUGCUCACCGUCAACGAAACGAGCAUUGAGCCCCCAAUGCAAGAUGCAGAGAACCGCCUAAAUCGCCCAGCAGCUCUAGGGUUUGAGGCUGUCCGUAUCAACCAGAAUUUGAGGCAGCAGCUCUUGGUGCCCGGCGAAAUCGCUGCUGAGUAUCCGCCUGCCCCAUUUGUGGAGAGUGGGGAUACUCCUGCGACCAUUGCUUACAGAUACCGCCUCUUCACUAUUCCUCCUCGCGCCGGACCGAACGCCUCUCGCCGCCCCAUCAACAUCCUUACAAGGGCUGAGGUUUACGCCAAGUCUCCAAUGGCGCGCGCGGACCUGAAGGAAGCAAGAGAGGGUGACAACUUCAUUGUGGAUGGGGGAGGGUACAUUUAUACUUGUGCUCUUAACGAGAUAGAGCCAAAAGGGCAGAAGAACUGGCGCACUCUCUUAGAGAGCCAGCGGGGUGCUCUUUUGGCCACGGAGGUUCGCAACAACGCUUGCAAAUUGAGAAAGUUUGUGACAUCAGCAAUGAUUGCCGGUUGUGAUGAGCUUCGACUUGGCUUUGUCGCCAGGAAGACGCCCAACGACAAUGAGCAGCACUUAAUUCUGACGGUGCACAAUUAUCAGACAAGAGACCUGGGAAGGCAAAUUGGUCUCAGGCCGGAAAACGCCUGGGGUAUUGUGAGGGCUGUACUCGAUCUGCUCGAAGACAAGCCUGACGGCAGAUACGUGCUGCUAAAGGACCCAACGAAGCCGAUGAUGCGCCUGUACUCGCGCCCAGAGGAUGAAGAGGAGAGAGAAGAAGCAAACGAAGCCAACAGGGAACAGGCAGAGGAGGAACAGUAG